AUGACCUCUAAGAAAAGUGCAGCAAAACGUAAGCAUGUUACACUUACAAUAUCAGAAAAGGUGGAAAUCAUAAAGAAACUAGAUAAGGGUGCUUCAGUGAAAAAUUUGUGUGAAGUGUAUGGCGUGGGUCUUUCAACAAUUUACGACAUCAGGAAGCAGCGUGAAAAACUAUUUAAAUUCUGUGCAGAAAGUGACACAGUUGAAGGAAUUAGUGAGCGUAGAACACUGCAUAGCGCUAAGUCUGCUGACCAUGAUAAUGUGCUGUAUGAAUGGUUCCGACAACGUCGUAGUGAGGGGCUCCCUGUUUCGGGGGCAAUGCUUAUGGAAAAGGCCAAACAAUUUCAUACAGAAUUAAGAAUUAGUUCUGCUUGUGAGUACUCUCAAGGUUGGUUGCAAAAGUUUAAACAUAGGCAUGGGAUUCGCCUGAAGGCUACUGGUGAGCAAACUGUUGCUAAUAGAAAGGCUGUCGAAUGUUACAUAACUGAUUUUGCAAAGUUAAUGAAGAAUGAGCGACUUACCCCAGAGCAGGUAUAUAAUGCGGAUGAGACGGAUGUUUUCUGGAGGUGUUUGCCGCGACGCACGCUUGCUUGCGCAGAGGAGACAGUGAUGCGUGAUUGCAAAGAGUCAAAAGAAAGGCUCACCGUGCUCACAUGUGCAAAUGCUGCUGGAACACAUAAGUGUAAACUCUUGGUUGUUGGUAGAAGUGCUAAACCUUGUGCUUUUAAAGGGAUGAAAAUCAUGCCAGUGCUUUACGAGGCCAACAAAUGUUCAUGGGUCACCCAGGAGAUCAUGAAAAACUGGUUCCAUAAUCAUUUUGUCCCUGAGGCUCGUGCACACUGUCAAAAGGUUGGAUUGGCUAUGGACUGCAAAAUUGUGCUUCUUUUGGACAAUUGUUCAGCUCACCCCCCUGUUGAACAAUUAGAUGCUGACAAUGUCUUCCCUACAUAUCUACCCCCUAGUUGCACACCUUUAAUUCAACCAAUGGACCAGGGAGUUACUAGAUCAAUGAAAAGCCACUACAGGAACAGUUUCUUGCGUCGUGUUGUGAACAGCUACAGUACUGGUGGUGUUGAUGCUUUUAAGAAGGUCUUCAGUAUCAAAGAUGCUAUUUGGUGUUUGGCAAAUGCAUGGGACAGUGUCACACGGAGAACCUUGCAAAAUGCAUGGCAUAAGUUGUGUCCUGUAAUUAUGUUUAAUGAUGAGGAUGCAAUGGAAAAUAUUGAAGGCUUUAAUGAAAACAAGGCGAAGGCAGCUGACCUCUUGCGUUAUGCCAAGCGAAUGCAAAGUGACAUAGGUAUUGACUUAGAUGAGCAAGACAUUGUGACAUGGCUAAACUGUGAAGAUGAUGCUUCAUUUGUGCAACAAGUAACCGAUUCAGAGAUAAUUGAGGUAGUUUUACAGCCCAAGUCUGAGGACACUGACAACAGUGAUGAAGAAGAUAAUGUUCCUGACCAGAUUAAAAUGGAGGAGGGGAUAAAUCUAGCCUCCCGCUUCAUUCACUUUCUAGAGCAACAAAGUUUUAUAAGCCAGCAAGAUGUAAUGCAUGUGCACAGGAUCCGGGAGAAAUUGAUAAAGGAGCAGCCAAAACACAUAACACGAAUGAGGUUGCAGCAAAUGUUUGAUGAAGUUGGAAAAUCCUGUGCACUCACACCGUCAACUUCACCGAGCCCAAUCCCAUCAACCAGCAGGCUGGACGAAACAAAGGACCCUGAAUUAGCUGCUUUUGCUGUUAAUCAUCAGCCACUUCUUUCUAUGCCCCUUCUAACUAUUGGUAAAAUAAAACAGUGUAUGGAAUAACCUGUUCUGUCAAAGUCAUCAGCAGAAUUUUAUUACGGUAUCUGGGGGCAGAAACAUGGAAAAUACAAUAUUUGGAUAAGUAAAACAAAUUUAUUUACUGCUUGAUAACAUUUUAUCACUGCUUUAUGUUUCAGGUAAAUAUUUGUAUCUACAGUAUUUUCUGGUUCAUACACUUGUGGUUAGACAUUCUAAUGUAAUUCUAUAGUCCAGAAAGUUCUGUCAUCCAGAAAUGGCUUGGUCCCAAGCACUGGGGACUGGAGAGGUUAUAGUGUACUCUAGUUGUGGCCUAACCAGAGCUUUAUAACGAUGCAGCAUAACUUUCCUGCUUUUGUACUGAAUGCCUCUAUUUAUGAAGGCCAAGAUCCCAUAUGCUUUACUAAUCACUUUCUCAGUAUGUCCUGGCACCUUCAAAGAUCUAUGCACAUGCAUCCUCAUGUUUUGUUCCAGUACACAAUGUAAAACUGUGUCAUUAAGCCUACUCCCUUUUCCUAUCUCUUCUGCCUGGUCUCUAUAUUAAAUUCCAUCUGUCAGUUGUUUGCUCAUUCUGUUAGCCUCUCUAGGUCCUGUUGUGGUAUCAUCCUCACUGCUUGAUAUCAAACAUGGAGGUGUGGCAACGACAAAUUUUGAAAUUUUACUCUGUAUUCCAAUAUCUAAGUUGUUUAUAUAUCGCAAAAAAAGCAGUGGUCCUAGCACUAACUUUUUGGAGAAUACCACUGUUGACCAUUCUCCAGACUUAAAAAUAACCAUUUACCAUAACUCACUGUUUUCUGUCCAUAAGCCAAUUUUUUUAUCCAGGUGUACAGUGACCCUCCUAUCACUUUUCUGCAUUGACUAGAUCAGAGUGCUGUGGUCCUAACACUGACUCCUGGGGGAGCACCACUGCAUACUUUCCUCCAGUCUGGAAGAACAGUUGUUUACCAGGACUCCCCUGUCUGUCCCUUAGCCAAUUUUGUAUCCAUGAGCGGCUAUCCCUUUAAUUCUUAUUCAAUUUUUCUAACACGUCUAUAACGUGCUGCAUUAUUAUCCUUUUAAGGAUCUAUAUCCGUCAGCUACAUACCCUCAUAAACCAUUUCUGUUAUUUUAUCAAAAAACUUAAUAAAGUUAGUCAAACAUGAUUGCCUUCAACAAAUCUGAGUGGACUUUUGUUCAUUAGCCCAUAUAUUUCCAAGUACCAACUAAUUUUCUUUCAUUAUUGUCUAGUUUUCCCAUCAAUGGCAUUAUGUGGCCUGCAGUUGCUGGGCUUAACCCUCUCCCCAUUUUGAACAAGGAUAUAUUUCUAAGCCUCCAAUCCUCUGGCACCACUCCCAUAUACAAGAAGGAUUGGAAGAUUGUGGCC